AUGGACGUUGACAUGUCGGGCGACGGUGCCCAGAAUGGCCAGUCGCCGACAAAAUCGUCACCUGGUGGCAAUUCUAACGCUGCUGCCAACGCGGCUGCCGUCGCGGCUGCCAACGCGAUCAGUUUCAGAAGACAACGUGCAUCCCGUGCAUGUGAGACUUGCCAUGCAAGAAAAGUUCGUUGCGAUGCCGCCAGUCUCGGCGUGCCUUGCACCAACUGUGUCGCAUUUCAGAUUGAAUGCCGUAUCCCCACGCCGAAGCGAAAGAAGGCACAGAGCAACGCUGGCCAAACUGGUAAAGAUUCAGACAGUGACCGAGGUGACGGAGAUGAACGAUCACAGACCGGAACAUCCAUUAGCUCUGCCACAUACCCACAGCCGCCGACAGUAUCGCACUCGAUAGAAGGAACCCCCUUGACUCUCCUGACGGAGGCACAGUCACGCAAACAGGACAUUGAUACCGGCACGUACUUGAACAUGGUCAUGAAGCCCAAAUUCACCCGUGCACCCAUCACCGAGGCUGGCCGUGUUGCAUACUUGGGCGAGUCUUCGAACCUCACUCUUCUCGUUCAUGACCGACAAGGUUCCGCCGAUGUCGUACACUAUCCUCUUCCUGAAAAUGUCCGAGGCUCCCGUGCCAGACUAACCGAACUCGACAAUGUCGAGAUUGACAUCUUGCACCAGAGGGGAGCCUUUUUGCUCCCUCCCCGAUCUCUGUGCGACGAACUCAUUGAUUCGUACUUCAAAUGGGUCCAUCCCAUUGUUCCUGUCGUCAAUAGAGCUCGUUUCAUGAAGCAGUAUCGCGACCCAAAGAACCCACCCUCACUGCUGUUACUCCAGGCAGUCUUGCUUGCGGGCACUCGUGUCUGCAGCAAUCAGCAGCUGAUGGAUGCCAACGGCUCGACUACCCCGGCUGCCCUGACUUUCUACAAGCGCGCCAAAGCUCUGUAUGAUGCCAACUACGAAGACGACCGCGUUACGAUUGUACAGUCCGUCCUGCUCAUGGGCUGGUACUGGGAAGGCCCUGAAGACGUGACCAAGAACGUCUUUUACUGGAGUCGCGUUGCCACAAUUGUUGCUCAAGGAUCUGGCAUGCAUCGCUCGGUCGAGCAGUCGCAGCUGAGCAAAUCCGACAAGCGUUUGUGGAAACGAAUUUGGUGGACGUUGUUCACUCGCGAUCGCUCUGUCGCAGUUGCUCUCGGCCGACCCGUUGGAAUCAACCUGGACGAUUCUGAUGUCGAGAUGCUGACAGAGGAUGACUUCAUUGAGGAUGAGUCUGGCAGCAACCCCGAGUUUGCACCUGACCAAAUUCACGUGCAAUUCUUCCUUCAAUACGUUAAGCUGUGUGAAAUCAUGGGCUUGGUGUUGUCGCAACAGUACUCCGUUGCAUCCAAGGGUCGACAGCGAAAUGCCAUUGAUCUUACCCACAGCGAUAUGGCUCUGGCAGACUGGCUACAGAAUUGUCCCAAGAUUGUCUACUGGGAAAUGCCCCGACAUCACUUCUGGUCUGCUCUGCUGCAUUCCAACUACUAUACAACACUUUGCCUCUUGCACAGAGCACAUAUGCCUCCGAAUGGCGGACCCAGAACCUUGGAUGACUCGCCAUACCCAUCAAGAAACAUUGCAUUCCAGGCUGCGGCCAUGAUCACUUCAAUCGUCGAGAACCUCGCGGCUCAUGAUCAGCUUCGAUAUUGUCCGGCCUUCAUCGUUUACAGUCUGUUCUCUGCAUUGAUAAUGCACGUCUACCAGAUGCGAUCGCCUGUCCCAUCUAUCCAACAGGUAACUCAUGAUCGACUCCGAAGCUGCAUGCAAGCAAUGAAAGAAGUCUCCAGAGUCUGGCUAGUGGGUAAAAUGGUGUACACACUGUUUGAGUCCAUCAUCGGUAACAAGGUGCUUGAAGAGCGCCUGCAAAAAGCGGCUGGCAAACGCCACCGCAAAAUGCAGCAAAGCAUGUCUCAACUGGAUGCGCAUAGUAAGGCACAGCAGCAGCAGGCGCAACAGCAGCAGCAGCAGCAGGCGCAACAGCAGCAGCAGCAGCAGGCGCAGCAGCAGGCGCAACAGCAGCAACAUCAUCAGCAGCAGCAGCAGCAGCAUCAACAGCAGCAGCAGCAGCAGCAGCAAGAUCCAAGCAAACGCAAAUUUGACGAUAUGGCCAUGGACUUUACAGCAAAUGCACCGACACCACAGGAGUCCUACGAACGAUCCCGCCCACAGACCCCGAGUGCUGUAAAUAAGACGGAUGGAGGUCCUGGCGGCAACCAGGCGAGCUUGUCACCUACACAGCGGCCAGCGAAUGAUACCUUCAUGGGAGGUACCAGCUCGCGACCACAGACGCGGCCUGCGACUCCGUUCAACCCAUCCUUUUCCGUCCCGGCUACACCUCCCGACCUAUAUCUUGUUACUAGAAAUUCGCCAAACAUCUCGCAGUCGCUCUGGGAAAACUUCCAGCCCGAUCAAUUGUUUCCAGACAGCACCGGCAUUCCGAACAUUUCGCCAUCGCAAACGCAUCAAAGCAUUGAUCCUAGCGGAAUGGGACAGGUGCCGGGCGGUGUACCUCCGCCGCAGUUCCAGCACCGUAGCAGUGGCCAAGGCAACAGCAACGGCAACGGCAUCAUGCCCGUCCCAGGCUUUGCUACGCAUGCCAACAUGUGGCAGAACAACUUUGAUCCUUCAGGACAGGAUGGACAAGGACAAAGCCCGGAUAGUUGGAGCACAGGUUCAGCUGCAGGACAGCCCGUGCCAACUACGCUCAACGUUGAAGAUUGGUUUCAAUUCUUUGGCAUUCAGGGCGACCCAAGCCAGUUGAACCUAGAUGCGCUUGGCAACAACAAUAUCCCCCCGAAUCUUGGCAACCAAACCACUAAUAACAACGAGAGGAUGCAGUAG